AUGCGCAUUGAGGGUUUGAGCCCCGGCUGGGGGGGCGCGGCCGCUUGACCGUCGCUUAUUUAUGGACCGCAGUCCUGCGGCGCCGCAGACCGCGGUCAUUACGGCCUUCAGUCGUGGGGUGGCGCUAAAAGCACACGUCCUCCACACACAGACACAGGUGCAUCGCUGUUGGAUGAGCUGGUUCGGUGAGUGUCCGGCUUUUCUUUUCCAUAAACGUGCUAUUCCCUCAGAUUAGAGGGAGUGACUGAUGCGGCGGAAAGCGCGGCUCUUGAGGCGGACGGGGGGCUCGUGCUGGCCGGGUGGGAGGAGGGGAGGCGCGUGCUGUCGUCACGCGGUGAGCCUUGUCACGUCGGGGAGGAGGAGAGAAACCCCCUGCAGUCCCACCAAUAACAUGCACAAUGCAGCUCCAUCAUCUGCACAUGUCCGAUGUCGUCAUUGGGAAAUCACUACUGCGCUGCCUGGUCUUGCAUUUCUAAAAAAAAAAAAAAAAAAAAAAAAAAAAGGAGGACGGAUCAGCGCUGGAGGUGCGGGCCGCUGCGGUAAGACCAACAUCAAAGCAAUUUAAUGGAGAAGUAUAAAAGAACCACUCUAAGAUGACACGUACAGACCCGCCUGACAUACUAGUAUCAACUGUGCAUCGGGAUAUAAAGUCGAUUCCAAUUUUUUCACACUGCAAGUCACUGCAAGCCUCCAAACAAUGUGAUUCCACAAAUUGUAGCAUCCUGGAUGAUAGAAAUCACAAAGUUAGCAAGAGGCACUGCCAAACCUUUGACUUUAAGUUGUUGAAGGACCUUAAAUCACACAGGAGUUUAAUGGAGUCUCCAAGUCAAAAGGUCGAUAGAAAGGGGGUCAACCCAGACGUUGCAUGGACUUCCUUGGGGCGUCAGCAGAGAUACCGCUUUUCUUCUCCGGACAUUUUCGGUCACAGGAUGACACCUCAGUCAAUGACUGUAGAAAUGGCCAGUGAGGUAGUUGUUCCUGAUCAUAAAAGAAGGACCAGGUCUAAAAGUGCCCCUCGAGUCCAGACCAACUUCACUCCUGUCUCAUUUGAGGGGUCUUCAUCUUCAAGAAGGAAAGGGAGAGAGUCUCAAAGGACCCUGAAAGACUCUCGCUGGAGACCUGAAGUAUCACCUCGUAGGGAGGCAUCUUUUUCCGCAGCAGGGGCUCACAUGCCUGAAGUACACCCAAUUAAGCUGCAACCUCAAACUGCUGAUGGCAGCAGAAAUUCACCUCACUGUGUUAUUGACAAAUGUUCAUAUGGUGAACUGAAUAAACCAGCAACUAGUCCUCAUGUUAGAUGUCGAGUGGACAUCAUGCCUGAUGACAUGGCAUUACAUCAGUCAAGACGGAAAAAGACCACCAAGUCAAUAGACAUACCCUGUCAGAGGCAGCAAAAUAUAGGGAGUCGCAGUCUGACUGUGCCACGGCAUUUUUCCUACUCUAGAACGCCUCCUCCUUCUGACUCUUUGGAAAGAGAAAGUAGGCAAGCCUAUCAGUAUUCCCGCAGCAUGCCAAACAGUUACUUGCAGCAGAUGGAGCUUCCAUUACAAAGAAUGCCUUCUACAGGUGACUAUUAUGGUAGAGAACGAAGAGCUCACUCCAGUCCCAAUGUGCCAACAAAUUUUUUUUAUGCAGAUGACCCAGGAAGGUAUGUUCCUCCUGUUCCUCCACAAUGUGAUACCUAUUUUUAUGAUGACAAUUACACACCAGGGCAAGCAUACUCUCCAAAAGUGCACUAUGUUCAAGAUCCAAGGACUCGCAUGGUGCAUGCUGUACCUACAAGAUCAUAUUACCCUGAAACUGAACCAUAUCCGUACUCUGUACAACCAGGGUACCUCAAACCCUAUGCAGCAAAUGAACCAGGACCAUACAUCAUAAGAACACCUCCAACAAGAAUAGUUUAUCCAGAUGACCCAAGAGCUUAUCAAAUUCAUACUGCACCGCCACGGUUUACUUAUUCCAGUAACAUGUAUGCAAUGCUUCCAGAACACCAUGUACCAGCAGGAGCAUACUACACUGAAGGCCGUAGACAUGCUAGAGUCAUUCAACCACAGACAGAUGACUGGUAUGGGUCAGAUGCAUCUGGUUAUUCCACCAAUCCUGCCUCUUACGUAUCUCAAGCAACUCCAACCCCAAUCCAGCAAGAUCCUACAUCCAUGCCAUGGUAUGCCAAUCCAUGUUUAGAACCUCAAAAAAUAGGUACAGAUUCUAAGUCUUACUCCAGGUCUUGGGACAACAUUCUCAACUCUCGUGUUGAAAGGGAACAACCCAUCCCUGUUCAGAGAGGUCAGAGUUAUGAUGAUCUUCUUGACUCAAGGAAGCCUUCUACAACCCUAGAUGACAAACCGCAACCAGUGGUAGUGAAUCUUUCCAGUUCACCAAGACGCUAUGCGGCUUUAUCAAUGUCUGAUAACUCAUUAAUAGAAAAAAGCCCAACAGAGACAUCAAAAGUUGCUGCUAGUAAAUUUUGGUUUGUCACACCUGAGAUAACGAUCACUGACAAUGAUAUUAAAACUGGAAAUCUUAAUAAGGUUGAAGGCCGGUCUGCUAGUUGGGAUAUUAUUGACUCCAGAAGUAAUGAAGGUCCAGAAAUGUCUCGGCAUGAUUUUGAAAGAACAUCUAAAGAGAACUUACAUGACAAUGGGUCACUUCAGCAAAGCCUUGAGCAGCUUGAUGAGCUUCUGGCAGAUCUUGUGACUGACUACAAGCCACCAAGUAGACGGACAAGUGAGGAUAUUUUGGACCAAUUAAAGAAGUUAAUAGAUGAGGAAGAAGCUGUAUCUUUGUCCAGAAAAUGUUCAAAAGCGCCACAGGAUGACCCACCUCCACUAGACAAACAACCAACUUCAAUCCGAAUGAAUGCAGAUGCUUUUUGUGAUAUGGAUAAUUCAAGUGAUGCAAUAAAAAGUACAGACCAAUGUUCUCCAGAUCAGAGCCCCGAUGAGGAUGAUACAAUGAUGUGCUCUAACAACAAAUGCCGGAGAACAGAGACCCUGUUUAAUGCUUGUUUGUAUUUUAAAUCCUGCCACAGUUGCUACACCUACUACUGCUCCCGUAACUGUCGCAGAGAGGAUUGGGACAUUCACAAAGAAAGCUGCUUGUAUGGAAGAAUUGGAAGUACAUGCCGUCACAUCAUUAAGCAUUGCAGAGAGACUGUUGAAGUGCAUAAAGCCUUCUCUCGUAUUGCCAAAGUUGGCUACCUUUCUCGAGGUAGAGGAGUUUUAUUUCUUGGUUUCCCAAACCCUGCAUCUUCUAACAAAUUCAUGAAAUGUGGCUUGGAUAGUUUACUCAUGUCUCCUACAUACCUUUCCCUUCGUGAACUUGAAAGCUUUAGGGAAAAUCUGGGAGAGUACUGUAAAGAGCUGCAAGAGGCAGGUAAAGAAUAUGACCCAAAUGAAUGUUUUAUCUUGAAUGUAUCCAUUGCUGUUGGUGACCAAUUGCCUGAUGGGCCAUCACCAAGAAACCAAGCACCAACAGUAAGAAAAUAUGCAAAAGUUGCAUUGGCUUCCUUUAGCCCAGAGAGAAAGGUUCACAAAAAAGAAAGUGACAUGGAAACAUUGAUCCUAACUCCACCUCCUGGAACAGCAGAUAUCGACAAAGAGGGAGAAGAAGGCCAUAAGGCUCGAGAAAUCUGUUUCAUCAACAUUCAACGUGAGUUGAGGAUUCGAGGGGUUUUCCUACGCCAUGAAUACCCACUGGUUUAUCAGCAGCUCUGUGAGUUUGUGGAAAAUAACAGAAGGUUUACACCCACAACUAUUUAUCCAAUUGAUAAGAGAACUGGCAAACAGUUCAUGUGCAUGAUCAUGGCUGCUUCAGAGCCCAGGACACUGGACUGGGUGGGCACUCCACAUCUCCUUGAUGACAUCAUUUAGGAACUCAUUUUGCACCUUUUGUUACAAAGGCAUAUUUAUUGAAAUAGAUUAAUACCCUUCAUACAUACACAAUACAUUUUUGGCUGUUUAAAUGUUAUCUAUUUUAGUGAGUACUAAGUUAAUUUUCCUUAAAUCUUUGAUUUUUUUUUUUAGGUGGGAGAGCAGGGGUUAAUGGUAAUGCCAGAGAGGUAUAUGUGUUUCAAAUUCUUAUGUCUUUUUUUCUAAAACAUUAUGGAAAUAUGUUUUUUUAUUUGCUAUACACGAAUAUUCUAUGCAAAACUGUUUCAUCACUUAGGUCUCACAUUCCCGUGGAAAGACUAGCUUGUGCUGUAAGAUGUGAUAUAUCUAUCCUAUAAUAUUAUUCAAAUGUAAAGAAAUAUUUCAAAUUAAGAUAGCAUGUUGGUGGUAGUUAAUAUCGUCGUGAGACGUUCUGAUGGUUAAAAAAUGAAGGAAAAGCAUUAAGCUAUUUUAACCUGUGUUAAAUAGGCUCACAUUUAGCAUUGUUAACAAACAAUGCACUAAGAUUUGUCAUUGUUCUUGUGCCUGUUUUGGGAAAUUUCUGGGCCAUUAAAAUUAAAGUAAAAGUCAUGCCAGUUUCACUGACUCUGUAGGAACUGGUCUGUACUCAGUUUAAAACACUGUGAAUAGUGAAAGUUAUAUUGUGCAAAAAAAUAAAAA